UUAAUAUCCAGGAAAGGCUUGAGUCGAUCACUGUUCUCCGCUACUAAAAAAUGGUUUAGCGGCAGCAAGGUUCCAGAGAAAAGCAUAAAUGAACUGAAGAAUACUUCUGGUUUGCUGUAUCCACCAGAAGCACCAGAGCUUCAAAUCCGGAAAAUGGCAGACUUGUGCUUUUUGGUGCAACACUAUGAACUUGCAUAUAGCUGUUACCAUACAGCAAAGAAAGACUUCUUAAAUGAUCAGGCAAUGCUUUAUGCAGCUGGAGCACUGGAAAUGGCAGCAGUAUCGGCUUUUCUUCAGCCUGGAGCUCCUAGACCAUAUCCUGCUCAUUAUAUGGAAACAGCAAUUCAGACCUAUCGAGAUAUCUGCAAGAACAUGGUUCUGGCUGAACGCUGUGUGCUGCUUAGUGCUGAAAUCUUAAAAAGUCAAAGCAAAUAUUCAGAGGCAGCAGCUCUUCUGAUUCGUUUAACCAGUGAGGAUUCAGAUCUUCGCAGUGCACUUCUGUUGGAGCAGGCAGCCCAUUGCUUUAUAAACAUGAAAAGUCCUAUGGUUAGAAAGUUUGCAUUUCAUAUGAUAUUGGCUGGCCAUAGGUUUAGUAAAGCAGGCCAGAAAAAACAUGCCUUACGUUGCUACUGUCAAGCCAUGCAGGUUUACAAAGGGAAAGGCUGGUCUCUUGCAGAAGACCAUAUUAACUUCACUAUUGGUCGCCAGUCCUUUACGCUUCGUCAGCUUGACAAUGCUGUGUCUGCCUUCAGGCAUAUUUUGAUCAAUGAUAGUAAACAACCUCCAGCUCAGCAAGGAGCUUUUUUAAGAGAAUAUCUUUAUGUUUAUAAGAAUGUAACCCAGCUAUCACCUGAUGGUCCCUUACCACAACUUCCUUUACCGUAUAUUAACAGCUCAGCAACGCGUGUUUUCUUUGGGCAUGAUCGAAGACCAGCAGAAGGUGAAAAGCAGGCAGCUACACACGUAAGCCUGGAUCAGGAGUAUGACUCGGAAUCAUCACAACAGUGGAAGGAACUUGAGGAGCAGGUUGUUUCUGUGAUAAAUAAAGGAAUAAUACCUUCAAGCUUUCAACCAACACAGUUCUGUUUAAAUCGCUACUCGGAUAACUCCAGAUUUCCACUUGCUGUGAUAGAAGAAUCCAUAACUGUAGAAGUGUCCUUCAGAAACCCUCUGAAAGUUCCGCUUCUUUUGACUGACCUUUCAUUGUUGUGGAAAUUUCAACCUAAAGACUUCAAUGCAAAGCAUGGUGGAGAAACAAAAGAGCUGGGAAUGUGUGAUGACGAUAUGAUAGGAACUGAAGCAAUAACAGAAUUUUUAAUUAAUAGUGAGGAGACAAAAGUGGCAAGACUAAAGCUCUUUCCCCAUCAAACAGGGGAGCUACAUAUUCUGGGAGUCGUUUAUAAUCUUGGCACUGUUCAGGGUGCUGUGACAUUAGAUGGGAUAGAUCCUUCUAUUGGAUUGCAGACAGGAAAGUUUGUCUCCAAUGGAUUAUCUGUACGAGGACGACAAGAUUUGGAAAUCCAAGGGCCUCGACUUAAUAACACAAAAGAGGAAAAAACAUCCAUUAAAUAUGGACCUGAUCGACGUUUAGAUCCUAUUAUUACAGAAGAAAUGCCUUUGUUGGAGGUGUUCUUUAUAAAUUUUCCUACAGGGCUUCUCUGUGGAGAAAUCAGAAAAGCAUAUGUAGAAUUUGUGAACGUAAGCAAGUGUCCUCUUACUGCACUGAAGGUUGUAUCCAAGCAUCCAGAAUUUUUUACUUUUGGUGGAAAUACUGCUGCUCUAACGCCACUAAGUCCUUCAGCUUCUGAAAACUGUAGUGCUUACAAGACUGUUGUGACAGAUCCUACCUCUGUGCAUACAGCACUGCUAUCUUCAGCUUCUUCUGUAGACUUUGGGGUUGGCACGGGAGUUCAGCCUGAAGUAAUACAUGUCCCACUUCCUGAUGCUGUUCUUCUUCCUGGGGCUUCGGUACAGCUACCAAUGUGGCUACGAGGACCAGAUGAAGAAGGUGUUCAUGAAAUUAACUUUUUGUUUUACUAUGAAACUACUAAAAGACACUCAAAAAUGUGUCAUAGAGUAUUAAGGCACACUGCAGUUAUUUGUACUAGCCGGUCUCUGCAUAUUCGAGCUACUGUCUGCAGAAGUAAUGCUCUUGAAGGUGAAGAAGGCAGAGGGGACAAUCUGCUGGUGUUUGUGGAUGUAGAAAAUAUCAAUACUAGUGAGACUGGUGUUAAAGAAUUUCAUAUAGUGCAAGUUUCAAGUAAUAGCAAGCACUGGAAGCUUCAAAAAUCUGUUAACAUCUCUGAAGACAAAGAUACAAAACUUGCUAGCAGAGAGAGAGCGAAGUUAUGCUUUAAAGCAGUAAGAUGCAAAAACUCAGAAGAAAAUUACACAUUUGCAGACAUUGUCUUUGGAAACGAACAGAUAAUAAGCUCAGCCAGUCCUUGUGCAGACUUCUUUUUUCAAAGCUUAUCCUCUGAAUUUAAAAGAACACAUGUGCAAUCUCAUACUCAUGCAUCUCAAAGGGAUGUGAAACAAUCAUUUGAUGAGACAGUCAGAUUGAUACAAAGAUGCAGUGAAGUUGAUUUGAAUGUUGUUGUACUGUGGAAGGCAUAUGUUGUGGAAGACAAUAAGCAGCUUAUUUUGGAGGGCCAGCAUCAUGUUGCCCUAAAUACAGUUGGGAAGGAGGCUUUUUCAUUUCCUCAGAAGCAGGGUUUUAAAAAAAUACUCGGGAAUUCUGAUUGGGAGGACUUGGAACAGGAAUUACCAGAAACGGUUCUCUUAAAGUUUUUUCGACCAGAAAACACACCAGUACCUGCAAAACCAACACCAGAGCAGCUUUCUAAUCUUAUCAAGACAAGUCUUCAUUAUCCAGAGUCUUUCAAUCAUUCUUUUCAUCAAAAAAGCCUCUGUCUGGUACCUGUCACUCUCCUACUUUCCAAUUGUUCCCAGGCUGUUGUAGAUGUGAUGAUUGAUUUGCGGCAUAAAACAACAAGCCCCGAAGCACUAGAAGUUCAUGGAUCUUUUACGUGGCUUGGGCAAACACAGUACAAGCUUCAACUUAAAGGCCAGGAGGUCUAUAGCUUGCAGCUGAAAGCUUGCUUCGUUCAUACAGGUGUCUAUAAUCUCGGAACCCCCAGAGUAUUUGCCAAGCUAGCGGACCAAGUUACUUUGUUUGAAACGAGUCAGCAGAACUCCAUGCCUGCACUAAUUAUUAUCAAUAAUAUCUGACCACUUCCUGAAAAAAAAACACACUAAAAGACAAAAUAAAUGGGAUUCAUUUCUUAUAUUAGUGGUUGACAUUUUGCUGCAGUUUUUGGAAAUAGCACCUCAGACAUCCAACUUGUUACUAAAGAUUCUGUAGGAAAGAAAAUAGCAAAAUAUUCAGACUACUUGUCAGUUUGUUUCUCAAUGCAACGCACGUUGGACUGAAAAUACGUUUAUCCUUUUAUAAUGUAUUUCUUCUCUGGUAAUUAAGAUAUUCAUAACACAAAAUACUCUUUAACGCAAAUCUGAACAUAUGUGUAUGUCCUGUGACCUGUCAAAAAUGCAGCUUGACUGCUGUUACAACUUCCAGCAUGGUGUGUUAAUAUUUGUGGCUGUAUUAGGAUAUGGUUCAGGAAGAAAC